AAUGUAGACUGAGAAGCUGGGAGUAAUUGGUUUGGUAGCAUUACAAUUUUAUUUACAAGUGCUUUAAUUCCAUAUGUUUAUUUCCGUAUUAUCACAUAAAAAAGUUUUUUUAGUAACGUUCUGAUAGCCAGCAUAAUACUACGUUUUACAGAGACCAGUGCAUUUAUCUCAGAAAGUUUAACCCCAAAACUAAGGAAAGUAAGAGAAUUUUUAAGGGCAUUUUGAGUUGGAAAGUUAAUUUAAUUAUUCAAUAGUCGUGAUUUGUGGGAAUUGUAUUAAUGUCCAAUUAACAAAGAAUCAUGAGUUUACUGCACAACGUGGAUGUUCCCUUUGAGAAGGCCACUUUUGGGCUAGGCUGCUUCUGGGGUGUAGAGACCCUCUUUGGGGGCAAAACAGGGGUCCUACGUACCAGGGUGGGGUAUGGAGGGGGCAAAGCUCCCAACCCCACCUACAAAAAAAUCCAAGACCACACGGAGAUCACACAAGUGGAUUUUGACCCGAAGAUAGUCAGUUACGAAGAGUUAUUGGAUAUGUUCUGGAAAAACCAUGAUCCGACAUUCAAAACUAAAACUCAGUACUGUUCACUGAUCCUGUACCAUAGUCCAGAGCAGAAGUCUUUGGCAGAGAAGACACGAGAUGAGUUCAAGAAGACGUCUAAGGAUGAAGUAUUGACUAGAAUUGAGCCUUUUGAGACCUUCUAUGAUGCGGAGGGCUACCAUCAGAAGUAUCACCUCCAGGAGCAUGCCAGCCUACUACCUACUUUGGGCUUCCAGAAAGAUGAUGAGCGUCUUAAGACCUCCCACCUGGCUUCAAAGAUCAACGCCUAUCUGGUGGGGAUGUCGACGGUGGAACAGUUUGACACUGAGGUGACCUCUCUGGGUUUGGAUGAAGAGACCACUAAGUACAUCCGCGAGUACAAUGUCCAGAACCAAGGGAGAGGGAUGACCUGCUGAAAGCCGUGUGGAGUGCUUUAAACUCUUUGUAAAGUCUUUGGAAAAACAUAGAGUUCAAUUCAAAAUAAUUAUUAGUUAUCUGUAUUGUAGUGAAUAGUGCCAAAUCUUAACAAUUUUACUAACAGUCCACUAAUUGAUUCAGUACCUCAAGAAAUACAAUUACUUUACUGAUCAUUUCAGUUUGCAUUAUAUACAGGAGAUUUGUCAAUAAAAAUGACUUAUCUGGGCUUAUUACAGCCAUUCAAGCAAUAGCUUGUCUAUCUUAAAUACAGAAAAGGAAUUUGCACAUCCUGAUUAUUUCACUGGCAUUGGCAACAAUAUUUGAGUUACAAAUGUGUGUUGGUUAUUUUUGUAACUUGUAUAUCCAACAUUAAAUUGUAAGGCAUCGUACUAAAAAAUCCUAAAGUGAAAAGUUACAAAAACUAGCAAAUCUACUAAAUUAAAUUUUUUGUAUGAAUUGUACCAGCUUUAUCAUAAUUGUCAUAAGUAUUUAGUUAGCCAUGUUUACCAUCUACGUUUAGAAUGUAACAUUAUGUAAACUUCACACAAAGACGAAACCAUAAAAAUGUUCUAAUACUUAGUUGAUAUAAAUAACAAUUUAUUGUGAUCCUUUUGAAAUCCUCAAAGUGGUUUCAUCUGCUCUGUAAAGAUAUACACUUUUUGCCGUCAUUUACUUUUUUUAUUGUCAAACAAUCUAUUAACUGAUCUUCAUUCCAGUCAUACUCAUCCCAAAAUAAUAGAAUCAUAAUUAUUAAAAAAAUAAUCCAAUUUCUCAAACUUGUUUUGACACUGGAUAUUUACUUAGGUAUUAAGCUUCUGCCACCAAAAUGGUAACUACAUGUACAAUUACUCAAAGUGCCUUAUGUUAUUUUUAUCAUUUUGUAAAACUUGUUAUUGUAUUGCUACCUCAUUAUUAUACUAAUAAAUUGUUUUAUUUGCA